AUUUGCUUCCAUAAGAGUCUCCAACUAUUAUAUUCCCAGCAAAGUGUUAAGACUGUACUAAUCCAUGGAGUCAUCCAUCGUCUUCACUAUCUCUCGCCUCUCCCUUUCUCCUUCAUCAAAGCCUCAAGCUCUCCCAUUUCAGCCAUGGAAGCACAGAACUCCGCCGCCGCAGCCUCCGACCCGCGUCCAUUGCCACAAGAUGUACGUCCCCGGUCACGGAGCUUCGCCGGAAAAGACAGCGGCGAAACACCUUCAUCAUUUCUUCAACUUCGUCGCCGUUAAGAUUGUCGCUGCUCAGCUCCAGAGUUACAAUCCUGAGGCGUACGAGGAGCUGAUGGAGUUUGUGGAGAGACAUCCUUUGAAUGAUGGAGAUAAGUUUUGUGCUGAUUUGAUGCGUGAAUCGUCAAGGCAUCAGAAAUUAGCAUUGAGGAUAAUGGAGGUUCGUUCAGCAUACUGCAAAGAAGAUUUUGAAUGGGACAACUUGAAGAAAGUAGCAUCUAAGAUGAUGGAUGAAUCUAAUACAAGACUUUUGAGGAACUACAUUAUGGAAACUAGUUGCUUGGAUAAAGUCAAAUGAUUGCUCAUUCUACUUCAAUACUACUUGUCUACUAUAUACUAUACAUAUACAAGUUUUAUAUGUAACAUAUAUAAUCAUUAUUAUGUUACAAAAAUACACAUUACUUAUGUAUAUAUACAUGUGUAUAUAUGAAUAUACCUACAUUAACUUGCCAAAAGAUUGGGCCUAGAAAAUGCUAACCCAUUUUGAUAACUCUUGUCUAUAAAAUGCAAAAUUUUCUCUUCUC